AAGGUGGAAGGAAAGAUUGUAUUGUGCGCUUAGGAGGAGGAAGAUGAAGCAACAUCACAAGUUGACAGUGGCUUUGUGCGGGAUAUGGGCGGCCACUCUUCUUUACGGCGAGAUGCUUGCCUUCUGGGUGCCCUCUAUCUGGUCUUGUUCCUGGCCUCACCUUCAUCAUUCUCCCCUUUCAUCUACCAAUUCCACGGUCAAAGAAGUAGGAGCUCAAAGUGAUUAUGUAAAAGUUGCUGUCCUAGCAGAUCCGCAGCUUAUGGACAGAACCUCCCUUCACCUACCUCCGAAAUCAUUUGCUUUGGAGACUGCUCAAUUUUAUACUGAUUUAUACAUGCGCAGGGCAUUCUUUUCAUCUAUCCUACCUUUCAAACCUGAUGUGAUUUUGUUUUUGGGUGAUUACUUUGAUGGAGGCCCUUAUUUAUCAGAUCAAGAAUGGCAGGAGUCCUUGCACCGAUUUAGGCAUAUCUUUGGUAUGAAUGCGGAAGGCAGAUAUACAGAUAUGCAGGUUUAUUUCAUUCCUGGAAACCAUGAUAUUGGCUAUGCAAGCAUCAAUUCUCAUAAACCAGAGGUUGUCAGACGAUACGUAGAAGGAUUCGGGAUUAGAAAUUAUCGGUUUACAGCUGGUAAAGUGGAGUUUAUUGCUGUCGAUGCUCAAACUCUUGAUGGUCACCCACAAGAAAAUUUGGCUUCUGUGACUUGGGAGUUUGUAAAAAAUGUUUCUACAGACAUUCAAUUAGUUCCAAGGGUUUUAUUGACCCAUAUUCCAUUGUAUCGGAGAGAUAACACUAAUUGUGGUCCUCACCGUAGUUCUCCAAUCAUCAAUCAGCGGAUUUCACAUUCUGCUCUUAGUCAAGAAAUAAUGUACCAGAAUUAUGUUACUAAGGAAUCCUCAUACAAAUUGCUGGAGUUGGUCAAGCCUGCACUAAUUUUAUCAGGACAUGAUCAUGACCAGUGUACAGUGAUACAUGAGUCAAAAUUUAGGUCCAUAACAGAGCACACUUUAGGGACUAUAAGCUGGCAGCAGGGAAACUUGUACCCGUCUUUCAUGCUAUUUUCUAUCAGUAACUCUGCAAAUGCCAAUGUGUCCACCCCAGAAGAUGCAUUAAUUUCUCAACUAUGCUUUCUUCCGUGGCAAACACCCAUUUACAUAUGGUAUCUUUCCCUCUUCGUUCUGACCCUACUUACUCUCCUCUUUUGGCCAACAAGUGGGAUAAGUUUGGGGCAUCACUUGAGUGGUUUAAUGGAAUGUAUUAGACUCUACAGCAGCAUGUUUAGAGGAGGGAAAGAGAAAAAUGAAGAUGAGAAUUGUGAAUAUGAAAUGAUGUGGGAUGCAGAAGGAACAAUGCAUCUUGUGAAGAAAGCAGUAGAUGCUCCUAUUUCUCGUCCAAGUGAUAAAGCUGCAGUUGAAAGGGGGAACGCUGUGAUACGGCCAACCGCAAGAAAAAACACAUCUCACGAGAUGGAGAUUUCUAUGAACUUCGAAAUUAACACAGGUGUUGGAAAUGAUCCAAACAUAAAAUUACCACAUAGAACAAGCAAAUCAAAGACAAUGAUCAUUAUCCAAAGAUUAAUGAGGACUUUCAGAAUGUUGACAGUCAUUGCUGCUGUAAAUGUGCCUAUAUACAUGAUGUUGCUCUUCAAAGACUGGAUCGACCAGUGACUUGGCUCAGAAUAGGGCAUCAUGAAAAGUUUACGCUUCAGUUGGCUUCUUACUUCUUUCGUCAUAUGUAAGAGGAUGCCAUUGCCAAAGCAAUCUUCCAUUUGAGGCUCAAAUGGUGUUAUGCUUGAGCAUUUUAGCAGCUAAAAAAUGUAAUCGCGAUUUAAUCACUAUAGUUUCAAUAGUGGUUUUUUUCUGUCCCUUUUUAUAGUUUUGGGGUGGAUACAGUUUGGCAGUUGGAUCUUGCAAUUGCUGUAAUCGUGAAAUCUGAGGAAGACUUUCUUUUUAAGGGCACUAUUAGUUUUCAUCAAAAGGCGUUUAAUGGCCGAGACAUAUUCAUGCCUCUUAACAGCGAA